GGGCGGGCCGCUGCCAGUCACAGCAAAGGCUGGCAUGAGGACUGUGCGUUGUGAGGAGUGUACAGGACUGACCUACUAACACAGAUCCCUCUCCAACUGCGGCGGCGGUACCACCAGCAGACACGUUCGCUCCCUCGCUGAGACAGAAGCUGCUCCACUCCCAGGACUGGUGCAAGGGGCUUCAGAGCCACUCACACCGAGUUCUCUAGUCCCGCUCCCCGUAGCGAUCGGGAGAAGAACAGAGGCAAAUGCCAGCGGUUUGCUGGAAGGAUACAGCUUAUUUCAUUCUGCCAGUGGCGAUUAUGAAGGUUACUUAGAAGGUUCCCAUUACAUCUCUCAAGAAGUAAAUUGGAUCUGAACAUUCUUCUGUUUGAUAAUAUGAAACAAAAGGAAUAAUGCAUAUGGAUUUAAAAGUACUGUAUUUAUUAGGUAGUUAUGGUUUGAGAAGCACUGGAAAAACAGCUCACUCUGUUACUCAUCAUAGAUCUACUAAAAAUUGUUUCUGAUGCAGCUGAGAAAAAUGCAGACCAUUAAAAAGGAACAGGCACCUGUUGACACAAGUAGCAAUGUGGACAAAAUCAUGGUACUUAAUUCUGCUUUAGCAGAAGUGUCUGAAGACUUGGCUACAAAUGAAGACAUAAUACUUAAUGAAGGAAAUAGUGGAAAAAACAAAUCUUCAUCAUGUCGGAGAAAGCGGGAAUUCAUUCCAGAUGAAAAGAAAGAUGCUAUGUAUUGGGAAAAAAGACGAAAAAAUAACGAAGCUGCCAAAAGAUCUCGCGAAAAACGACGACUGAAUGACCUUGUCUUAGAGAACAAACUAAUUGCAUUAGGAGAGGAGAAUGCCACGUUAAAGGCUGAGCUGCUUUCAUUGAAGCUAAAGUUCGGUUUAAUUAGCUCUGCAGCAUAUGCCCAAGAGAUACAGAAGCUCAGUAAUUCAACAGCUGUGUAUUUCCAGGACUAUCAAACUUCCAAAUCAAAUAUUAACUCAUUUGUGGAUGAACAUGAACCAUCUAUGGUGGGUAGUAGUUGUAUUUCUGUCAUCAAACACUCUCCACAAAGCUCUUUAUCUGAUGUGUCUGAAGUAUCCUCAGUAGAGCAUAUUCAAGCAAGUCCUAUACAGAAUAAUUGCAGAAGUCCUGAAAAUAAGUUUCAAGUUAUAAAGCAGGAGCCUAUGGAAUUGGAGAACUAUGCAAGAGAGUCAAGAGAUGAUAGAGGCUCCUAUGCAGCAUCCAUGUUUCCAAACUACAUAGUAAAUACCUUUAAUGGGUACUCACAUUCCCCUCCUCUGCUGCAAGUUAAUAGGUCCUCCAGUAAUUCUCCAAGAACUUCAGAAGCUGAUGAUGUGGUCAUAGGAAAGUCAUCUGAUGGAGAAGAUGAGCAGCAGGUCCCUAAAGGUCCAAUUCAUUCCCCAGUUGAACUUAAAAAUGUUCACGCAACAGUUAAAGUUCCAGAGGUGAACUCUUCUGCACUGCCUCACAAGCUUCGAAUUAAGGCUAAAGCCAUGCAAGUCAAAGUGGAAGCAAUGGAUAAUGACUAUGAUGCCACACAGAAACUAUCAUCACCAGUUGACAUGACAUCUAAAAGACAUUUCGAGAUUGAAAAGCACAAUGCACAAACAUUGGUACAUUCUUCUCACACUCCUUUCUCUGUUCAAGUGACUAAUAUCCAAGACUGGUCUCUCAAACCAGAACAUUGGCACCCAAAGGAACUCAAUGUAAAAAUUCAGAGUGGUUGCAAAACUGGAGUUGUUGAAAUUAAAGACAAUGUCUACAAAGUAUCUGAGUCAGAGAACUUGUAUUUGAAGCAGGGCAUAGCAAACUUAUCUGCAGAGGUUGCUUCACUUAAAAGACUUAUAACUACACAACAAAUCUCUGCUUCAGACUCUGGUUAAGUUACUACUGAAUAAAGGCUUAUUGUUUUAAAGGAUGUCAUUUGCAGUAGAUCAAUAUGUUUUGUAUUAUGCUGAAUUUUCACUGGACUUGUGAUGUCAUUUCACUGUAAUGUUCAUAUAAUGUCUGAUUGAUGGUGUCUUUUUGUGCACAAAUUAUUAUGAAGACUAGGUUGUGUUAUGAUCACUAUGCCUUGUGUAUAGUCAAGUAGCCUGUAUGGGGGCUGUAUAUAGUGAACCUUUUCUUUUUCUUGUUGUUGUUGUUCUAUUAUAAAGUGUGCAAGUUACCAGUUACAAUAAAAUAUUGGUGACAAACACAGAACAUCUACUGCAGGUCAAUUGAUUUCUAUAAACAUGUAAAUAUUUUGUUAAUUAUCAAAUAAGAAGUCUUCCAAAAUGUAUUUCAGUUCACCCAUAUACUUGAGGUUUACAGCCUAAAUAAACCAAAUUGAAAUUUAUGACAUA